GGCAAUGUUAAACUCGCAUGGCGAAUUAUGGAUAUCGGUUGUAGACUGUAAUGUUAUAAUGAAGCUUAGUCCAGAAGAAGGUUUUAAAUUUAAUUGUGGAUUUGACAUUUGUACAUAUCCAACUCAGUACUGUGAUACAGAGGAUAACAGAUGUGGUUAUUGUUCACCGGAUAUUUGUAAUUCUGGUUCAAUACCAACACAGUGUAGAGAAGAAUGCAAUAAAUUGUUCUCGACGACUUCAACUAGUGCACGGGACAUUCAACUUGAUCCACAAAUGAACAACUACAACGCAUAUUCUGCAACAUCUAUUGAAGGUGUCUAUGUCAUAGCAAGCAUUGCUUUAUUAUUGGUUAUAUGCUUGUAUGUGAAGAAAGGAUGGAAACUAUACAGAAAAAAAGGAAAACAAAACACACGUUAUACGUCUUUAGAGGUUGUGAAAAUCGAAAAACGUAUAGAACCUAUAAAAGCAGUUGAUACAGACCAAAGUGAACCUGAUAAUAACACAACUUUGACAGCCCCAGAAAUUCCUAAUGAAACUGAACAAGCAAUUGCACCGCCUCAAGAUUCAACAAUAAUAGCACAUCCAGAUGAUGACGACAAGUCUCCUUCACACAACUUUGGUGAUCACAAUAUUUUACCUUCAAGUCUUUCCUUGGAAGAACCAUUACAAGGUCCUCUAACAAUUGGACCAGUGAGCCAGGCUGAGAACGAUAAAAAAUGUGAACAAUUAGACUGUAAUAUUUUAGACAAGAGCGAACAUUUUUCGGAAGGUAUUCAAGAUAUAACAAAACAUUCUGCUAAUGUUUCCGAAAAUGUUAACAUGUGUACAGGUGCAUUAGGAGUUGACAAUAAUAUAGCAGAAUUGACAGUAACUAAAAAACAAACAGAUAAAGUCUGCUGAAAAUUGUGUAAAUAUAAAACUAGUAUACUAUUAGGGAGAAAUAUGAGAAUAGAUGUUAUGGUGUUAUUGGCAUGAAUAUAUUUUUGUUAAAUCAUUGCAUUACCUGUGAUCAAGAAAAAAACA